CUCGUGCCCGCGGGUCUCUCUCAGCCUUCGGGCGUCCUCGCUGUCUCCUAUUUACACCGCGAGCUCAUAGUCGCGAGACGGGGGAGAGCUGCGCGAGCGCUCUCUCCAGUCCAGGGGUGCGUUCCCGCACGCAGCGAGCGGAAUCAUGUGUUUAAUCCACAUAUUCAGCUGAAUUUGAAUGCAAAGUAAUAUUUAAAGAUAAAGGUGUCGGGGCGAGCCAUAAGCGAAGGAAAGGUAGCAAUGCGCUCCAAGUGACAUACUGAGAGAAACGGUUCCGCGAUCGUACUCUCUCCCUCUGCGUGUGCGUGCGUGUGUGCGGAGAGAGUGCGCGCGAGAAUGAGAGAGCUCCGAAGAUACAUACGUGAGGCGGUUAUUCAUGCGACAGCACGAACCGAUAGUUAAAAAAAAUAUAUUUUGAAAGGGGGGAGUAAUUUUGUUUUCUUAUUAGUAUGCUUUUUAAAGGUGCUUCUCGCGCGAGUGGACGAUAAAGGUACCCCCUCGACACCCCCCGUCGCUGCGAUACGAUGAAACGGAGCGCUUCCUCUGCUCUGCACAUCGACACGUUUCGUGUCACGGCUCCUUCCAGUAACCCCCGUGUGUUGUGUGUGUGUGUGUUAAGAACCCGCCUUACUGCGCUUUUAAAUAGAUGGUGCAAGUGAACAUGUCCAAAUCUUCCGCAGAUCCCCUGUCUGGCGGCUCUCAGGCGAAUUAUUUCCAGCUUCCUAGGAAGCUGCCCAAACGCAAAAGCCGCUUCAAACGCUCGGAUGGCAGCACGUCCUCUGACACCACGUCCAGUUUCAUCAAGCGGCAGGGUUCAGCCGAUUCGUACACAAGUCGACCCUCGGAUUCCGACCUGUCCGCAGAGGAGGACCGCGAGGCGUAUCGGCGUGAAGCCGAGCGCCAGGCCCAGCUGCAGCUUGAAAGAGCUAAGACCAAGCCAGUAGCAUUUGCUGUGAGAACGAAUGUGAGCUACUGUGGAGCUCUCGAUGAAGAUUGUCCUGUCCAGGGUGCUGCUAUCAACUUUGAAGCCAAAGACUUUUUACACAUUAAAGAGAAAUACAACAAUGACUGGUGGAUCGGGAGGCUAGUAAAGGAGGGGGCGGACAUCACCUUCAUCCCCAGCCCCCUCCGCUUGGAAGCUAUGAGACUCAAACAGGAGCAGAAACAGCAGAGGAAAACUGGAGGAAAUUCAUCUUCCAGUCUGGGUGACAUGGUGUCUGGUGGUUGGAGGUCCACGCCCCCUUCUGCUGCCAAACAGAAGCAAAAACAGACGGAGCAUGUCCCCCCCUAUGAUGUGGUACCUUCUAUGAGGCCUGUGGUUCUGGUUGGGCCUUCUCUGAAAGGCUAUGAGGUGACAGAUAUGAUGCAGAAAGCACUCUUUGACUUCUUAAAGCACAGAUUUGAAGGAAGGAUUUCCAUCACAAGAGUGACAGCAGAUCUGUCUCUGGCAAAGAGGUCUGUUCUCAACAAGAGAGCCAUCAUGGAAAGGUCCAACACACGUUCCAGUCUGGCGGAGGUCCAGAGUGAGAUUGAGAGGAUAUUUGAGUUGGCCAAGACCCUUCAGUUGGUGGUCCUGGAUGCAGACACCAUUAACCACCCAGCACAACUUGCGAAAACCUCACUGGCCCCCAUCAUUGUUUAUGUCAAAGUCUCCUCACCAAAGGUCCUUCAGCGGCUGAUCAAAUCCCGGGGCAAGUCUCAGAGCAAACACCUGAAUGUGCAGAUGAUGGCUGGUGACAAACUGGCUCAGUGUCCCCCGGAGAUGUUUGAUGUCAUCCUUGAUGAGAACCAGCUGGAAGAUGCCUGUGAGCACUUGGCCGAGUACCUAGAAGUCUACUGGCGUGCUACCCAUCUGCCCGGCUCUGCUCCCAUGAACCCUCUUUUAGAGCAAACCCUGAUGACCCCACCUUCAGCAGUCUCCAGUCUACAGGUGGGGAGCUGGGAGGAGUGGAGGAGGACGACGUGGGGGAACCUCACUCCCCCGUGGAGCAGGACAGCCUCAUGCCUUCUGACGAGGCCAGCGACUCUCUGUCCCGAGGCAGGAGGGGGGGCUCACGCCAUCUGCACCGCGGGGAGGAAGAGGAAGAGGAAGAAGAGGAGGAGGAGGAGGAGGAUGAGGAGGAGGAAGAGGAGGAAGAGGAGUAUGAGCCCCCCCGCCACGCUCACACCUACCGUGACAUGUACCCUCCGCACCGCACCCACCCUGCCGGCGUACACAGCACCAACGGCCAUGAGUCCCAGGACCGCCUGCUGCAGCGUGACACCCAGGAGAGCCACAAUCAGCGCAACAACCGCCAGCGCACGCGGCCCUGGCCACGGGACCACUACUGAGCCCGGGGAGGGAGCAGCGUCAGGGAGAGGGAAGAGGGACAUGUCCAAUGCACCUUUGGUCCAAUCAGCUCGCCUUACCUCACAGGCGAGGGGAUUGUGUCAAAGCCAUUGGAUGGCGGUUGCUCUCUCCGGGAUCAGUGUUUGUCUGCUCCCUAAAAGGGGCGGGGGGCGUGGGGUGGGGGUGUCAUUGCUUGGAAAUCUGUUGGUGUUCCCUGCUGCUUUGUCUGCUUGGGUUCUCCGGGGCAGUGGGGUGGAACGGAUGCGAUGUUAGCUGUGACCCAUUAUUGAUAAAAGAGAUAAGUAAAGCCAAGAGGAGGUCAAGGCACCUCACAGCCAAAGGAAACGGGUGGCAAAAGCCAGAGUUUACCUUUUGACUGGAGGUGUACCGUUUACCAGGGCCCAGUGAGGACGUGCUGGCCUUUCUGGUCUGUUUGAGGUACUUCAGAAGCAGGACGGAUCAGUUAGGUACAUUAAUAUCCACCACAAGAUUUCCCCAUGAGGAAACGGUUAAAUUCUUUAUGAACUGGGGACCACCAUCAAUCCAGACCCUUUUUCAUUCUGAUCUCAGUCGUUCUGAUGCUAGGGAAGUUGUGAGAGAAUAAAUUUGCUCACUGCUUCAUUGGUCCAAAUGAAGGCAUUCCGGAUGAAUGUUCAUACAAUUGCAAAUUUAUGGCAUGUGGUCUUUUAAAAGUUAUGGCAGAACAUGGGGAACAUGGUAAAGACCCAAGUGUGUGUCCAUGGGUGAUGCACAUUUUUCAGUUACACUGAAGUAGUAGCAUUACUGCAUCUGUUUCUCAUGCUGAAAAAGGAAUGGGGGGUUGAUGCGUUCACUUCCAGGUCCAUAGAACCAAGCAGCUUUUUUUUUUUUUUUUUCUUCGGUUUUUCUUUACAUGACCUUCAGCUAGUUAGUUUGAGAUUCUUUGUUCUUCUGAGCAAUAUCACGUCUAACCCAUUAAGUUCAUUGUCUUUUUCAAGAGGGGCUUUAAGGAAAACCAAGUCUUGGAAUCACUUUAAUUGUUUUUCCUUAACUCUCUCUAAUGCAGUCAGUGUAACAGCUGGGCCCUUCCCUCCACUUCCCUUUCAGUGACACAUCACCACUGACCCCUGAGCCCAAGCUUGGCUUAAUGGCAUCCCACAGUACCAGUCAGCCCUUAUGUAAAACCGUGGUUCUGUAGCUUUCUUUCAGUAGCAUCCAUGAAUGUAAAAACAACAUACAGGAUGAGAGUCGGCCUUCAGAUGCGCUGUUACUGUGACAAAAAGAUGCAGACCUGUCUGGAGCUGAGCUCUUCCCCCCGUUAGCAACUCUGCGACAGGACUGCCUCCUCCUUCCAGACACUGCAGAUGUCCAAAAGUCUUCCCUUAGCUGGUCGGCCGAACGGCGACUCCAGGUCGAUGGCUGCAAGGUGAAGGUGGGCCGGCAGAGCUACAGGAAGAUGAUGGAGGAACAAAGCCAGCAAAAUCCUGCUCUGCUGACCAUGCUGCAAUGAUGCCAUCACACACUCAUGCCUGUCAUGUGUCACUCCUAUAGCUUUUGCACCCUACACUGGAGAGAGUUAAGAGAAAAGGCAGGUGAACGCAGCAGCCCUCACAUGUCACGUGUAGUAGAAGUAGAGUGCAGCCUGCAGCUGCUAGGUGCUCCGCUUAGCAGGUUUCAACCCCCUGACGUCCAUGUACCAUGAUCAUUGCAUGUUUAUAUGAUGAUUAUAGUUAUUUUAGGACAAUUUGCACAUUAAGGUCAGGCAUUUUACAAGCCGUUUGAGUAGAUAAGAGCAGAAGUAGCUGCUUUUUAUUUGCUCGCAAAACGGCCAUGCAUCUGAGAACAUUGUACAUAAAUACAUGGGAAACCGGUUUUCAUUAGUUACUACCUUACUUUGUCAGUAUUGGCUUGUACCUU